UAUAAGCCCCCCGUCUCUAUUUUUGGACGCCAGUGGCCAUUUUUCUCCCCGCUUUUCUUUGUGUUUUUUUUUUUUUUUUGACCGCGAUUGUGUGGGUAUAGAUGUUUUUUUGGGGGGGGAAUGGAAGAUACCUUCCUGCUGCACGCCUCGCCUUUUCCGACCGCGUUUCAAUCCCCCAUGAAACCCGUUUUUGAAAUGAAGAUCGGGAGGAAGCUUUAGCCCGCAGCGGGGGGGUUGGUGGUGGUGCUGGGGUGGGGGGGGGGAUCCGGAUUGCGUUCGGGGGCCUGUGCACGGACCGGAGCUGCGUGGAAAACCGAUUUGACCGCGUUUUCCUUCUCUACGAUGCACGGACCCUGCAAGGAGAGCUGAUUAGUUGCCAGAUUCACAGAUUUCCCUUUCGCUGUUCCUGACCGACGCCGCGCCGACCCUCGCCAGGCACCAUGGGUACCGUGCUGUCCCUCUCCCCCAGCUACCGCAAGGCCGCCCUGUUCGAGGACGGCCCGGCCACAGUGGGCCACUACACGGCCGUGCAGAACAGCAAGAACUCGAAGGACGCCGCCGCCGCCGCAAAAUCCCUCAAGCGUCCCUCCAUCAUCAGCGUGCUGCCAUGGAAACGCAUCGUGGCCGUGUCGGCGAAGAGGAAGGGCUCCAAGAAGCUGCAGUCCGACGCCGGCGACGGCGGGAAAGGAUGCUCUCCAGACGAGGACGCCGUGGUGGCCUCUGAGUCCAACAGUUUGAAGCUGAAGAAGUCCCAGUCCUGCGCCAACCUCUCCUCUUACGCUUCCGGCCAGGAUCCCUCGGCCAUCACCACGACUACCUCUUCCCACCUGCCCACCUCCAAGACCCUCAUCAAUGUAGCUACAGUAGCUGCCAAAAAGAAUUCCCUAACAGGCUGCGGGAUCCAGACUUCGACUGCGGUCGGCACACCAAAGCGUGUCAUUGUCCAGGCCUCUACCAGCGAACUGAUGCGCAGCCUGGGCGAAUUCCUGUGCCGCCGCUGCUACCGACUGAAGCGUCUCUCUCCCACCGACCCGGUCCUGUGGCUGCGCAGCGUGGACCGUUCCCUCCUCCUUCAGGGCUGGCAGGACCAGGGCUUCAUCACCCCCGCCAACGUGGUCUUCCUCUACAUGCUGUGCCGCGACGUGGUCUCCUCCGAGGUAGCCUCGGAGCGCGAGCUGCAGGCGUCGCUGCUCACAUGCCUCUACCUGUCCUAUUCCUACAUGGGCAACGAGAUCUCCUACCCGCUCAAGCCCUUCUUGGUCGAGGCCGAGAAGGAGGCCUUCUGGGACCGCUGCCUGGAGAUCAUCAACCGCAUGAGCGGCAAGAUGCUCCAGAUCAACACCGACCCGCACUUCUUCACCCAGGUGUUUGCCGACCUGAAGAAUGAGAGCAAGAAAGAAGAGGAGAAGACCAAACUCUUUAUAGGCCUUGAUCGGUAAAACCAAGUGGGAAGAAGAGGGUGUUAAUAUGUCCGGACUACUUUGAAACAAUGGCGUUGUCUGGCGUCUCUAAUGUUUUAUGCUUCUGACACAAUGACGGCACUUAAUAUUAUUGACAAAAAAAGAUCAAACACUAUCUGCUAAGUGGAUUGAAUUAGUCUGUGAAGACUACUGUGCCCGGCACAGGUAAGAUCGUACACCGAAUCGGUCAGGGGUGUCCAGAUUGUUCCAUCAACUGAUACGUUUUGUACAUAAAAGUUGCUAAAACCAACCUGAACAAGGGACUCAUGAGUGUAAUACCUAGAUUCUCAGUCAUCCAGGGUCACGGUAGUCCGCAAAAGUUGAAUCUGGAGAAAAUCGUGCUUUUGUCCACCUUGAAUCGAAGAGUUCCCGCUAACGACUCGUUUCUCCAACAACACCCCGAUUGUGACCACACUUGCCUUGGACAUAAACACUGGUACCUUGACUUAAGUUUGUUUCUGAGAUAAGAGCUGUCCCUCGGCUAAUUGCUAUGUUUUGAAUUGCAAGUGAAAACUUGAGUUACAAGCCUCCCCGCCAACCCAGCCAACACAAGACAUUGAUACAACGUUGAUUAUAAGUACAUGUUCUUUCAAACUGACUUUGAAACAACGUUGCAAAAUAGUCGCAUCCGUAAAUUGAGACGACGUUGAUGUCCAACGUUGGAUCUGCGUUGUUGGUUGGGAAAUGACUAAAAUCCAAUGGUCAAAUCAACAUCACAACCUGGCGUUGAAUAAACGUGCCCAAAAAGCAUGUUGUUUCAACGUUGUAUUCGUGUUGUAGAAUUUUGGUCGGUAAAAUGACCGAAAUUCAACGGUCAAUCAACGUCAGAGCCCAACAUUGAUUAAACGUUGUCAAAAAGCUUGUUGUUUCAACGUUGCAUUUGUGUUGUAGAAUUUUGGUUGGUAAAAUGACCGAAAUUCAACGGUCAAUCAACGUCAGAGCCCAACAUUGAUUAAACGUUGUCAAAAAGCUUGUUGUUUCAACGUUGCAUUUGUGUUGUAGAAUUUCGGUUGGUAAAAUUACCAAAAUUCCACGGUUAAAUCAACGUCAAAACCCAACUUUGAUUAAACGUAUUUGUGUUGUAGAAUUUUGGUUGGUAAAAUGACCAAAAUUCAACGGUCAAUCAACGUCAGAGCCCAACAUUGAUUAAACGUUGUCAAAAAGCUUGUUGUUUCAACGUUGCAUUUGUGUUGUAGAAUUUUGAUUGGUAAAAUUACCAAAAUUCAACGGUCAACUCAACGUCAAAACCCAUCAUUGAUUAAACGUUGUAUUUGUGUUGUAGAACUUUGGUUGGUAAACUGACCAAAAUUCAAUGGUCAAAUCAACGUCAAAACCCAACAUUGAUUAAACGUUGUAUUUGUGUUGUAGAAUUCUGGUUGGUAAAAUCACCAAAAUUCAAUGGUCAAAUCAACGUCAAAACCCAACAUUGUUUCAACAUUGCAUUUGUGUUGUAGAACUUUGGUUGGCAAAAUUACCAAAAUUCAACGGUCAAAUCAACGUCAAAACCCAACAUUGAUUAAACGUUGUCAAAAAGCUUGUUGUUUCAAUGUUGCAUUUGUGUUGUAGAAUUUUGGUUGGUAAAACGACCAAAAUUCAAUGGUCAAAUCAACGUCAAAACCCAACAUUGAUUAAACGUUGUCAAAAAGCUUGUUGUUUCAACGUUGUAUUCGUGUUGUAGAAUUUUGGUUGGUAAAACGACCAAACUUCAACGGUCAAAUCAACAUCAAAACCCAACAUUGAUUAAACGUUGUAUUUGUGUUGUAGAACUUUGGUUGGUAAAAUGACCGAAAUUCAACGGUCAAAUCAACGUCACAACACAACAUUGAUGAAACGUUGCCAAAAAGCAUGUUGUUUCAACGUUGUAUUCGUGUUGUAGAAUUUUGGUUGGUAAAACGACCAAACUUCAACGAUCACAUCAACGUCAGAACCCGACACUGAUUAAACGUCGUCAAAAAGCAUGUUGUUUUAACGUUAUGUUUGAGUUGCUCAACAACAGGACCUAAUUCAACAAGUUCUCAACGUUGUUUCAAUGUCUUGUUCCUGCUGGGAUUAGUUAGCAUAGCGAACGCCACAGCGAAACCCGUAAGAUCCGGACCAAAACGUCUGGUCUUACUCGCUCGCAUUAGCUUAUAGCUAGAUAUGGACAUAACUUCAAUUCCAACCAUUGGAACAAAGAAAGUGAGAGAAGAAAACAUGACAGAGCGUGUAGCUAGCCAAGAAUGGUAAAAUGUUAUCUAAUUAGUGGACAUUUAUCCAUGAAAAUAUGGAGAAGCUGCAUGGAGAUACAAGUAAAAGGUCAAUUCUGCAGAUUAUUCUUAUAUUUCUUCAUACAACUAUUGUAGUUGUUCGUAGUACAUUCUAUUAUUCUAGUAUAGUUUUUCUGAUGCGAUUGAUUUCAAUUCACUCCAAAGGGUAACAUUCAUUUGAGGUUCAAGCUCAAAGCACUACUAUAUACGGAAACUAGUCCUUUGGUCUUCAACAAACAAGAAGAGCCCAGUGCCUCGAUUCGACCUUUGCGGAUGUAGUCUCAUUAGUAACAGGUUUGACUUUAGAAAUAUUUCGAGGGCCAAUAAAAGGAGAGCUCCGGGUUGAUUUUGCACUUUGGACACCCCUGGACUGUCGCAUUUUUUUCUGGCCCAAUUUGGCGUCAACAAAGACGUUACAGGCUGCGUUGUUUCAGUGAGCUCAGAAUGUGAUCGUGUUGACGCAUACUUGCCAACCCUCCAGAUUUUCCCGGGAGACUCCCGAAUAUCAGUGACCCUCCCGAAAAUCUCCCGGGGCAACCAUUUUCCCGAAUUUCUCCCGAUUUCUAACCGUACAACAAUAUUGGGGGCGGACUGCCUAUAGCGUCCGCUUUUCCUUCAUACAAACAGCGUGCCGGCCCAGUCUCAUGAUAUAUGUGGCUUUUACACACACAUAAGUGAAUGCAAGGCAUACAGGUCACACUGAGGGUGGCCGUAUAAACAGCUUUAACACUGUUACAAAUAUGCGCCAAACUGUGAACCCACACCAAACAAGAAUGACAAACACAUUUCGGGAGAACAACCGCACCGUAACACAACAUAAACCCCCAUCUCCCGAAUUCGGAGGUCUCAAGGUUGGCAAGUAUGUGUUGACGUAGCAGGGGUUUUUCGUGACCGAGAGAUUAGAAACACCAGACAACACGCAGUUGUACGAGUCCAGCUGAGUAGUACACGUACUCGUGGAGUCCCAGGAUACCACGUUGCAUGAGGUCACUUCACGCCUGCUUAUUGCCAACUCCACUUCACCUUAGUCCUAUUCUCAUUUUGAAGAUGAUUGCACUCAUCAGCACUGAAGCCCACUGUUGACGCUUAUGAAGCUUAUGAUCCAAAACAACAAGUUAGAUAGAGUAAUAGUAGUCGGCUUAUUUUUAAGGUGUUCUUUUUUUGGUAGGAGUUGGAGCUGCUUGGAGUUUCUACAGCAUAAGAGCACAUGUUACAGUGGAACCCGUUUAAGUCUGUGCCGUUUAUGUCGACAGCCCGUCUAUGUGGACUGACUCAUCAAGUCCUGGUCCACAGUUUUGCUUGUUAGUAGGGUUGCAGCUAUCGAUCUAUUGAAUGGUUUGCAUGAUUAAACACACUGAAAAAUAUUUUGAAUCAGGGGUCCCCAAACUACGGCCCAUGGGCCGGAUACGGACCACCAGCGUCCAAAAUCCGGCCCACAAGUAAAACAUGUUUUUUAUUUUAUUUUUUUGAAAUUCAAUUUUUUUUUAAAUCGGUCCUUUCUAGCCCAUCCAUCAAUCCAUUUUCUACUGCUUGUUACUCUCGGGAGCUACUAGCCGAAAUCGUUUGGGAAACGUAAAAUAGACCCUGAGUGUAGAGUUUUUAAACAUUCGUGCACAUAUGACUUUUUUUUGUUCAGUGUAAGGAAAAGUCAGUUUGACUAAUCGGCAAUAAGA